AUUGUGUUAACUAAAAAAGAAUUUAUAUAUUAGAUAUUAGUUUUAUUCAAUUAAAUAAAUAAGAAAAUUUUAAAAUAAAAAAAAAAAUCUGAAACAUCAUUUCUCUCUCCCUCUUUUCCUCUAUCUUCCCCGAAGCCUCAUUCUCUCUCUCAAUGUGUUGCCUCUGCCAGGCCCGAACGGCCAUCAUCCCAUCGCCGGAGCCGUACACGGGUCAGCCCAAUCGAACCGCCGGCCCUCGAAACGUCGACCCCCGCGAGCUCACCACCAUACGCGCUGCCCAGGGCUGUCAACUAACGGUCCGAAGCUGUCCGCCUCUUGCAUUUUCCGGAACAUCUGCUUGUCCAAAUGGAAGAUUCUAUUGUCAAAAUGCAGGGCAUGCUCCUAAAGUGUUGUUCUCUUCUAGAGUGAAUGAUGGUAUAUGCGACUGCUGUGAUGGGAGUGAUGAGUAUGAUGAUAAAGGGAAAUGCCCUAAUACAUUUCAGACUGCUGGAUACUUAAAGGACUUGUCCAGCAGUUUAAAGGUAUGA